AGUGUAAGAGACUAUGUCACCAUUUGUAAACACCCAAGUUUAAACUUGAGGCACCAUUGGUUAGACUAGAUCUUCUGUUGAUUGUUGUUUGUAAUGCUAUUUUCAGUAUAGUAAGCUUGAUGGACCAGGAAUUUUCAGAAAAUACAAGGUUCUUGAAGCUGAGUGGGCGUAAGACAAACAACCUGCCACUUAAUUUUGUGACACUGCCACGUCAACACAUUUCCACCCAACCCCUACAACAGUAAAUAGUUAUUUGAAAGCCACUGCAUUGAAUGUAAGGUAGAUGUACAUCUGGCAGAUUUCCAAGAUAAACCUUCAAGUUGCAAUGUACUCAACAGAAGCCAAACUUAAUAUUGCCAGUCAUCAUGCUGAUGUGUUAAAUAUUGCUAAAUUCUACAUGCACCUACGUACAUGUUAUUGUAUGUAUACAAGUGAAGUAUAGUUUAACUAUAACAAAGUAAUCAAGAAAAUGUAGUCUGAAGUCAUAGAAGCCCUGACAUUACCAAGUAUGAUGAGGAUCUCAGUAUGUAAGUGGCUUCUUUACCGACGGACCAUGCCACUGUAUAGAGGGGUGUUUCAGGUCACCAGUCCGGGCUUUUUGCCAGAUUUUUUUUUUUUGUGUAUUGUUUGAGUGGAGACUGUGCCUUUACCACUGAAAUCAGAUUGUCACUGUCACCUGAAUAUGACCCACUACCUUGUGUUAAGAGAGAGAGUUAUUCUGACAUAAAACUGUAUCCAAUAUCAGAUUGGCUCAGGAUUUGUUGUGCUUGUUUUGGAGACCUGCCUAUGUGGGUUAUAAGAAAAAGGGUGUGACCUUUAUAUUCAACAAUACUCAGGUAAAAAUAUUUCUGUUGUAAUGUUGUCUUGGUAGAUUUCACUGUAAAUACAUGUUCUGGUAACCAUCAUAUGUGACACAUAUAUAGUACACUCUGAAUUUGUUCCAAGAUGUACUCAUGAAGAGGUGUUACUGCAUACUUUUCAAAACAACGAUAAGCAGGUAAAGUUUAAACUAGACAAUAUUGUGUACCAUUGUAUUUCGGGUUUGUCUGAACACUUUUAUCUCUGUUACAUGUAUAAUCAUUCUCUUGUUGGUACUAAUGCCACUUUACUUUAAUAACAUAUUGUCAGAGUUGUUUUUACUUUAGUUUGCAAAAAGUGAUUUUGACUUGCAUGUUUACCUUCUUCUAAAAUUCUUCUAAAAUUUGGGACAGAUAUUAGUAGUGUUGAAAAUAGAAUAUUACAUUUCUUUCCAGUCUUUUGGAAAAGUAAAGAUAUGAAUAUGUUGUUCAUUAGAUGGUCUUGCAAUGUGAGAAACAGAAACUCAAUAUUCCUGCUAGAAUUACAUAUAUGCUGGCUAAAAUAAUCAGACCAGGUGUCCCAAAUUUUAGGAGAAACAUGGUACUUGUAUUUGGGACAUAAAGAAUACGUGGAGACAAAGGUAUGAUGUAUAGAAACAUGUGUAACCUGAUUGUGCUAUUUAGUCCAUGGUGUUGUUAAUGUAUGCAGGAUUGUAGUGCUGGAAGUCUUACAUCUUCUAACAUGGAGGAGAUGAUGGAUUACUUUGAGGAGAAGGGGGAUAAACUUGACUCAUUGGACAUUUCUUCAAUAACAAACUACAUGGAAAACAACUUUGUCUCAAAAGUCACAUUUGGUGGUGUACCAAUACUUCCUCCAAUGAUGACCAAGAAACGAAGGGAAGAAAUGUUGAUGUACAAGCAACAGGCAUGCAAUGCUGAAACAAGGCUGAAUUCACGGAAAAAGGAAAAAAUUACAGAUAAGGCCCAAACCUCUCUGAAAGAUACGCAGAGUAUUAUUUGUCUGCAGAAGAGCAUGUCGUCUUCACCAGUUGAUGACAAGGUAAAAUCAAGGCAGCACAUGUCCACACACCAGCUUUCACCAGAAUGUAAAGUGGAAUCUGGAAACAAGCCUUUCCAUGGUACAGUGAGGAAUGGUCCUGUAGAGAAGAGCAUGGUUACCAGAGUCAAAGAAAAUGUAACAGUUACUGAAGAUAUGGGUACAGCCAGCAGUUCACAGGGUGAUGGGUUUCUAACUGAGUCAGCCCCAGGCUGUCUUCAUUUAGAGGAUGGGUCCUCAGGUUCUGGUGAACCAACCGUUCCUUCCUUUCUCCAGUCCCUCUCGGACUAUCAGUCUCUGGAGGAGAUGGGGUUGUCCCUGCCCACAGAGUAUGAUGGGCUACCAUUGACAUCCACGAAACAAAAACAGAUCAGUCAGUUGUUAGCCAAGCUGUCCAGAGAGCUAAACAUCAAAGACAGUUUGACAUCUACCAGUAGUAGUGCGCACAGUGAGAUGGGAACAGGAAUGUAUUUUAAUGUAACUGGAGACUUAACAUCUGAUAGCAGUGCUGUGCAGCAUGGUGACAUGGAUGCUCAUGUGGAAUUGUACUACGAUGCUUUAAAAAAAGACACCAGCCAUGACACUAUAGCCGAGGUGAUGGCAUCAUCUGUGGAAAAUCUUGCCAAUGAAAGCUCUUCAACAAUCAAGUCUGUUAUGCUUGGCAUUGUACAUGAUGAACUUUCUGUUGAUGACAAAAGCACAGACUCGAUCAGAUCUCCAAAAUCUCCUAAGAACACAGUUCACUUUGCGUCAACCGUGACAGAGAUCUAUACAGACAAUAAAUCUGGUGAGAGUUCCACCUUACAGAAAUCACUUCAGUCUGCGGGAAGCACACCUCGAUCUAGUGCAGCUGCACUCAGUGAAAGGCCCUCCUCUGAAACACUCCUAGAGCACCUUAUGGCCAGGAGGAAAGAGAUGCUAUCUGAAACUAACCAACAAAAUGUACAGGAUCAAGCACAGGAACAAAAUGACGAUACAAACCAUGAUCCACGUGAACCUGAGAGCCUAUUGAGUAAGGUUGUACUGAGUCCUGAACUGGAGUCAUCCGUCAGCUCUAGUAAGGACACACUUCUAGCAUCUGAGGGACAACAUGUGCCAUUCCAGUCUUACGCGGCUGAGGGGGAGACCUCAGAUAAGGAAAAUGAAUGCAUGGCUACCACUGAGACAAGCAGUAGUCCUCGCCAAGGCAAACCUAUGUUGUCUGUGGCCAAGGAAAGUGACAUCAUGAAGGAUCAUCGUUUUUCUCAAGGAAAAAGUUCUCCACUGACUAUUCCUAAGAACUUGGACUGUAGUAAGACUUCAGAAAAUUAUCAAGGGGGUUCACCAGUAUCUCGUCUUGAUUCCAAUCUGUCAAGGGUCAGUCUUCAUUCCUUGACAACCUCAGCUGACACUGAGACCAUAAGGGAACGUGGCAGUGUAGAGUCUAACAUGACAGGAGAUUCUGUUAGCACUAUUAAAAGUUCAAUGUUUCUUCCAGGACAAACUGUGGAAUCAAAUAUUUCUGAUCAUUAUAUAGUAGGUGCAAAUUCAUACCAGGUGCCAAAGAUGAACAUUCCUGCAACUGAUCUGUCCACAUCAAAAUCUGAUCGUGAACAGUCCAGUAUUCAAAUGAAAGAAGGCGACAGCAAGAAAUCACACACGCGUAAAGGAUCCUAUACUCUGGAACAACCAUCGCCAGCUCUUGUCCGAGCCUGUAGUAUACAGAACAUGGCUCGUGACAAGAGCCCAGAGUCCAGUACAUCUAGAGAUAGUGUUGGUCCACACCCUGCUGGGGAUCAGACUAAAACAGUGACUGUUACAUCUAUGCCUUCAGAAAGUGAUCCGCCAAGUCAGCGCAUCAACAGGAAGCUAGAUUACAGUGAGCUGGAUGAGGAGAGAGUAGACCCUGUGAGCCAGGUGGAGCUGCAAGCAGAGCGUGAGGGAAAGGAGGAGCACCUGAAUCGGUACCUGGACUCUGUCAGGCAGCAGUCCAAUGAGAUGGGCAAGUCUGAUUGGAGAAGUAUGUCGAGCUCUGGGCAGCCAGCCAGCGGGUUGAGCCAAGUACCUCCAGGUAUGUCAGACCUUCUGGAGAGCUGCGCACUUAGCUCACUGUCCAGCUUCACUUUUGAUAACAGUAAGAUAAACCACAUGUCACAAGAGGAACUGUUUGAUGUACAGACCAGUCACUUUGAUAUAAUCAGGAAGAAAAUGGUGGAGCAGCAAAAAUUACAGCUGGAGCAACUCUUUCAACAACAGCAACGGGAGCAGCUUCUUUUACAGCGAGAGAUUGAGGAACGCUGUCGUCUGAUUGGUGAACAGCAGGAGUUUCUAGGUGACCAGGGCAUUGGUGAAAGAAAAUUGCCCCAGUCUGUUGAUGAAAGAAGGAGUGUACAGCUGUCGCGUGAUCCGUCCUUAGCUCAGACAUCAAGCUCAUCUUACUCGUACAUCUCUAGUCCCAGUCUUACUAAACACCCUAGUGACAAGGACAACUCCAUUGUAAGCACCUUCAGCAGGACGACCCCCAAGCAGUCCCUGUUUGGGAAUCCUUCCUCUCCUCCCCAGCCCAGCUAUCAGCAACCUGUCAGUAAACCUGUCCUACGAUCUCCUCGCAAUGCCCCGCGUCCCAGAUCAAACAGGCGACUGGUUGUGCCUGAAAAGGUUAGUGAGACUGGGAUGAAGCAGUGUUUUGACCGAGUAUCUGCUGCUGUCAAAGGUUACUUAACCAGGAGAUUGUUGAGAACUGAGAAAGUACAGAACCUAAUCAAGACUGUUAGAGACACAAGAGAUUUUGCGCUGAAUUUUCAGUCUGAGACACCUAUCAAACAAGGCAAGUUUUCGAUGCAGGACAGGGACCUUUUGGAAAGGAUCAUUGCACAGCUUCAGGCAGCCCUAUUGGACAUUCAUGAAGUUUUCUUUGAGAUUUCGCCCUUGGAGAGGAUGGCUAUGAUAUCAGCUUCUCGUCAGCUUGAACUGGAAAGACGCUUCAAAGAACUGGAGCAGAGUGUGGACAGAUCUCACCCACGAGUCAGCAUGGCCACACUCAAGGCCAUAGAAAGGAAGAAAAGAGCACGAGCUGCUGAGGCCUCUGUGUUUGGCACAAGUCGUCCCCAGUCUGCUCCUCCCCCAGAAACUAGCAGCCCUAAACAGGCCAGGAGCAUGGAUCUCAGUGGGCCUUUAAGACGACACUACCAAUUUCUCUUAUCCAGGGCAUUACGACCUAUCCAAGGUCACAUCUCCCCCAUCCACCCCUCACAGGAGGAACCAAGAGUUAGAUCAAACAAAGACCGACCAAGGACUGCUCCUGACAGAGUAACUGUUGUCAACACACACAGGGCAGCUAAAGGGAGGAAACCCAGUUUGACUGGAGCCCAAGCUCCUGAACAUCGCCGUCCAUCCAAAUCUCUGCUUGUCAAAGCCAAACCUGUUAGUGCUACAUCAGCAGCAAACGUGGCAGCUACGAAGCCCUCAGGGAAAUCCAAGUCAGGGAAAGCCUGGAGAUGAAACUAGUGCUACAUCCAAAUGGGAACUGUGAUUAUUUGAAACAUCUAUACAAUUAGUGUUAUCAUAUUACAAUGUACAUAUACUAAUUUACAAGGGAAUUAAAGUGCACUUGACUCUGCUUAAAGCAUACAGUACUAUCUUUGUACAAUAUCAACCUAUAGUUCCAGGUGAUAUGGUACAUACAAGUUGUGUCAGAGUGUAUAUAUGUUUAUUGUUUUUUCAACACAUGUUUAAGAUGCAAAGAAUAGUGUUGACACAGUCAGGUCUCAGUGUCGGUAUAUACACUUUUCACUGUAUCGUACAUAUGGCAUAAUGUUUCGGAAUAUCCAGUGAGGCCAUAUACAUUAUUUACCGAUAAUUUAUAAUCAUCUGUAUUAUUGCUACUUAAAUUAAAUUAAUAUACUUAUAAAUGUAUGCAUAUACAUGUACUAUGUAAUUCUUGACUUGCCAUUUCUCAUUGCCCACUGUGUUAUCUGUCACUAGCUGAGGAGGCUGUUUUAGACCACUGUAUAUUUGUUAUGUUUGUUUGUUAUCAUGAUGUCUCUGAAAACUAAGUUAUGACUAAGUUCUAUGAAAGUGUACAGGUAAAGGUGGUGGGUAAAGAAACUAUUCCUUAAAUUUAACUAAGGUCUGUUUUGAUCCAGACCGGAUGAAAUCUGAGAGAAUGUUAACAUAAUUUCUUGAAGAAUAAAGUAACAUUUGAGUAACAAAGUUAAAGAAGGAUUCUCCUGAAAGGUUAUUCGUUCAGCAUUAAUUUUUUUUCUAUUACGUUAACAUGUAUGUCUAUUUUUUUAUCGAAAAUAAUACAGUAUUGCAUACACAACCUUUAUUCAAGGAGGCUAUUGUGAUUGGAAGACCUACAGACCUAAGCUUUACCAACUCCACACCUGACAUUCAGAUUGUAAGGCUCCCUGGUUCAGUGCAUCUAACUUGACCUAGUUCUGUAGUUUGUGUGGGAGUAAAAUCCUGCCUGACAAGGUGUUGUGACUUUAAUUAGUGUUUGAACAACUUUACAUUGCAUGAUAAAAGGGAAUGUUAUGAUAAAACUUGUGUUCCUUAAAAUAUUAUUAAUAUCUUCACAUUAGUGAUAAUGAUGAAACUGCAAGGAAGGCUGCACAGUCUGGCAUAAACAUGUUUAAUCAGGAAAGAUGAGCUUCUAAUUAAAAUGAUAUAGAAUCAUUUGAAAUUCUAUGGGAUGGGGAUUCCUCAUAGCCACCCUAAUCAUGUUACCAUCCAUAUACAUUACAGAGGUUCAGAUGAAGCCUUAGAAGUGAGAGGCUUAGAAAAAUUUGUAUUUCUUGUGUUUAAAAUUGAUUGGAUGAUCAUGGAUAUCAUUAUGCCCGUCUAUCAUAAACAAAAGUCCAAUCAGUUUUACCUCAGUCCUAUUUGUUUCUGUAUUUAUAUCCUCUGCAAAUUUGUCUGUAAUGUUUGUACCCUCUCUCUUUGGCUGAUGUCAUUACGUUACGAAUGUAAUCCUAAACUAGCAGCAUUGUGAGGAUUUUUGCUUGUGCAUUCUGACAUGUUUUGCCUGUAAUUUUCCCUAUUUCUUAAGAUGUAUUGAUGAUGACAAUAUUGUAUUCUGUCAAUACAUAUUGCAGGCUCUUUUAUGUUGCUGAUUUGUAAUUACUCUUAUCUAAUCUCAGAGUUUUCUUCAUGAAGGCUUGAGUUAUUUCCUGUUAAGUGCCUAGGACAAACCUAACUGGUAAUCUCAGACCUCAAGCACCACUGAAAAAAAAACCAAUGUUAUUUCUUUAACAAACUCUAAGUCAUUUGUGUAACAUUGACCUGGUUGUAUUAUAGUGAUAUCAUGUGAUAUGGUUUAACAAAGCUUUUUUUUUUAUUCACAGCACACAUACUUUCAAAUCUAUUUGCUAAUGUUUUGGGUGUUUGCGUAUUAGUAUAUUACAAAGGGCCAUUAUGCUAACAUUAUUUUCUUUUUUAAAACAAAAUUAAGUAAUUAUCCAAACUGAGUCCAAAUUUGGGAUUAGGCCGCAUACUGAUUUGUAAAACUCACCCUAAUGCUAAUACAUCUUUUAGACCUCUUACCUGAAAAUAUGAACUUAACAAAUGAUAAGCAAUACUGUUGUAAAUAGGUCUGCCAGAUGCCUCACAAACUGGUUAAAUAUGUUCAUUCAUUCUGUGAUACCAUGAUGGUACAAUUGCUUUGACAGAGAAUGCAGUGGCUAGCCUCAUUCUCACAAGAAGAGAUCUUUGGACAUGUAGGUUUUGGGAUCCAUCCAUGCUACGCUGACUGACAACAUGGUUGGUUGUGUACAGUUGCUAGUGUUUACCACCAAGCAGCUGAUCUGCUCAGUUUGCCCAUGAUAAAUAUCACUUCAUCACAAGAUGUAUUGUAGUUGCACAGUUAAGAAAUGAACAGAUGGUAAGAUAAGGUAAAGGGUUAAGAUGUCGUAGUAGAGGUAAUUACGGCUGCUUGCAUGUGUACAUCUUCACAACCCAUUGAUGAAUGACACUGUGCAGCGAUUGCAAGAUAAGGCCUUUUAUUGUUAAGAUGUGACUCCUUUUUUUUCAUCACAGGGCUACAACAAAAUUAAUGUAUCAUUAAUAUUAAAAAAGAUAAGUGUAUCAUCCUUAAAGGAAAAGAUCUCUAAAAAUCAAGGUAGGCAUCACUAAAUACACCACUUAAAUCUAUACAUAAAUAUACUACCGUUCAUUUUUUUUAGAAUUUUGUGCAAAGAGUUAAAGGCGUUGAAACAUUUGAAUUCUAAGGUGGGCUUUAUGGACCAUACUGUCCAAGGUUAGGAACUCUGGCAUCACAGGAUGUUUUUGUUUUUUUUAAACUCUUAUCGUGACACUGUAUGUUGGAAUAACUCUUUUUACCCAUGAGUAAUAGGUUACUGAAAUAAUGUUGCCAAAAAUUCCUUCGUUUUGGUGAAUAUCAGGGGAAAAAAAGUGAUGUGAUGGCAAAGUUCCUAGCUACCAGCAGUAUGGCUCUAAAAGCCCACCAGUGCAUUCAAAUAUUUGAAUGCUUUCAACAUUCUUCAAAAAAAUCUGAAAAAAUAAAUGAAAGUGUUUUUAUGCAUAGUUUUCAGUUGUCUGAAUGAUGAACCUUACUUCAUAUUUUAGCUUUUUUUGACUUUAACAGUGCAGAUAUGUGGAGAUAUUAUUCCUGACUUAAGGAUUAUGGCCAGUUUGAAAAGUAAGAAUUACAAAAAGUGUAACUGGUGUUUGAUAAAGUUGCAUGGCAACAAUUCUGUAAUUUCAAGUCUUUUCUUUGUAAUGAAGUAACUACUGCUGAUCAUAUCUUUACAACUCUUUACCUCUUUAUCUUUACAGUCUUACAUUGUUGAAUAAAAGAUGUACAUUGUAUGACAUGUAAUGCUAACAUGAACUGACAAGAACAGGAGCAUUACUGGUUUAUCAUUCCAUACACGUAUGCCAGAUAAUAAGCUCAAGCCACAUAGGAAACACGUGCAAAACUCAAAUUGUACACAUAUGCCAGAUACUAAACACGAGCCACAUAGGAAACACGUGCAAAACUCAAAUUGUACACGAUGCCAGAUACUAAACACAAGCCACAUAGGAAACACUUGCAUUUAAUGUGCCCCUCCACAUGUAGCUCUCUUUUGCUUUGUAAUUGAAAUUUUUUUUUUUUAUUCGUUGAUUCCCUCCAGGAAAGCUUGAUACUGCUCGUGUAUGAAAAGUGCCUGUGAUAAGUUUGUAUUGUUCUAAACAUAAUGAUGUGGAGAUAUUUGUUGUAAAUUGCUUUAAUAAAUGUAUAUUUCAGUAUUUGAGGACAA